AUGCCUGCCAAAAACCAAAAACUCACCAGUACAUUACUCUUUGUUGUGUGGCUCAGCUGUUUCUACAAAAAUGCCGAAGCUCAAGCGAAAAACGAAACACAAGUCUAUGUUACGGACUCCUGUCUGGAGAAGCCAUUUCGAUGUCCACAUCCCAAAAUACAAUUCUAUCUGUAUACGCGACGCACACAGGAUGCACCCGAAUUUAUAGAUGUUUUGGACGAUAACGCCCUGUACUUUACACAUUUCAAUCCGCGGCAUCCCACCAAAAUGGUAAUACAUGGCUUUGGUGGUGGUCGCGAUUUAAGUCCCAGUCCGGAUAUACGACAGGCUUAUUUUACCAUAGGAGAGUAUAAUAUUAUUAUAGUGCAUUAUGGUGAUGCGGUAAAGGAACCCUGUCUCAGUCAAAUGGAUUGGGCACCACGUUUUGGAGGACUUUGCAUUUCACAGCUGGUCAAAUAUUUGGCCCGUCAUCCGAGGGGAGUGCGACCGGAUGAUUUGCAUUUUAUUGGCUAUAGUGUGGGUGCUCAUAUAGCGGGUUUGGUGGCUAACUAUUUGAAACCGGAGGAGGGUAAAAUGGGUAGAAUUACCGCUCUGGAUCCCACGAUAUUCUUUUAUGCUGGUGCUAAUAACUCAAGAGAUUUGGACUCAUCAGAUGCUCACUUUGUAGAUGUUUUACAUACAGGAGCGGGUAUUUUGGGCCAGUGGCAUUCUAGCGGUCAUGCGGAUUUUUAUGUUAAUGGUGGUACUCGCCAGCCGGCCUGUGUGGGUUCAGCAACACUGUUUCAAACUUUGGCCUGUGAUCAUACAAAAGUGACGCCCUACUUUAUUGAAUCUAUUACUACGAAAAAGGGAUUUUAUGCUGGUCCUUGUCCCAACCUUUUUACCUAUUUGAUAGGUUGGUGUGAACCAAAGGACUCGGAAUAUGUGUUAAUGGGAGAACAUGUGUCGAACAAAGCCCGCGGCACCUACUAUGUCACCACAAAUGCCAAACCCCCCUUUGCCCGUGGUUUCCCCGGCAAAGGUCGAUCAGCUACUACUGGAGAAUAUCAAGGUGUUCGAAGAAGACGUCAUUUGCCGGCAUUUUAACGAGAAUUAGACAACAGAAAAAGUGUUUUAUUUUACGUUUAAAUUUAAUUAAUUUUAGUUGAUCUUUUGUGAUUUAUUAUGUAGUUGAUUUAUUUAGUAGGUGUGUACCUUUAUUUACGUUUAUUAAGUAACUUUUGCAUAUUUAUUGUUAAUAUUUUUUGUAAACAAAAAGAGACAUAAAAAUGUUUUGUUUUUACAAUUAA